CUCAAUUUACAGAAUUGUGAGGGUAUCAACAAUGGUGACACCGAAGCGGCUGAAUUUCUCUUCCUCUGCUUGUGGUGACUCUGAUACUCGUCUCGAGAAACUUCCCUCAACACAUGCAGCAGAAGAACAAGAGCCAAUGAAGACGAAGACGACGAAGAAGAAGAAGAAGAAGCAGAAAUCGAUGAUGAAAGAGAUCUGGAACGAGGAUAACGAGCUCGCUGUUUUAAAGGGUUUAGUCGAUUAUAGAGUUAGGACGAUGCACGAACCCGGUUUCGAUUGGGAUGGUUUCUUCGAUUUCAUCAAAGGCUCCAUCAAAGCGGAAGUCACAAAAGAGCAGCUUUUGAGUAAGAUCCGGAAGUUGAAGAGGAGAUUCGUUGUUCACAUGGAGAGAAUCACUCAAGGGAACGAUCCUCUCUUUACUAGAUUCACUGAUUCUCAAGCUUUUGGGUAUGCGAAGAUGAUUUGGGACAGUGCUGAAGAUGAAGUUGAUAACAGAAGCAGCAUCAGGGAGAAAGCACUCCAGAACGAGAAUGGCGAGAAUGCGUUUAAGGAAAAUGAGCAAGUGAAUAACGAUGAACCUGUGAAUAAAAAUGGCAAAGUACCUCCUGAAGUAGUGUGCAUGGAGGAAGCAGAACAGACCGAGAAUGGAGAGGGUGCAUUUAAGGAAUGUGAUCAAGUGGAUAAAGAUGCACCUUUAAAUGAAAAUGGCAAAUCAAUUCUUGAAGUUGUGGGCAUGGAGAAUGCACAACAGACUGAGGGCGAUAAUGCUUUUAAGGAAAAUGAGCAAGCUGCUAAUGGUGAACCAGUAAAUAUAAACGGCACGUCAGUUCCUGAAGCCGUGGGCAUGGAGAAUGCACAACAGACCGAGAAUGGAGAGUGUUCAGUUAAGGAGAAUGGGCAAGUGGGAAAUGCUGAACAUGUAAAUGAAAAUGGCAAAUCACUUCCUGAAGCACAACAAGUCGAGAAUGGGGAGUGUGCGUUUAAGGAAAAUGGGCAAGCCUCUAAUGAUGAGCCUGUAAAUGAAAAUGAGGCUGAGAAAAGUAAUUCUGAUGGAAAAUCGCUUCCUGAGGCAGUGGGUGUUGACAAAACAGCCGAGCACAAGACUGAUGGAAACGAGAAUCAUGACAACGAAGAUGAUGCUGAUGAUUUGUGCUCUGUGCAAGAUGCUUUUGAGACCAUGAUGUGGAAAGGUCUAACCGAUUAUCAGAAGAAGUUGCAGAUUGAGAAGCUGAAGAACAUUCGAACCGGUAAAAGAAAAGAGCUGAGUAGUGAAUGGAAAGCUCUAUGUGCAGAGGAACUAAAUUUGAACAUCAAGAAGCUUAGACUCUGCGCAAAUCUUGCAGAGGCAGCGAACCAUGCAUGAAAUGAAGAAAAGCCACUGCAGCUUUUUGGUGUUGUUUAGGUAGUAAUCCUUUAGGAGUUGACUUGGUAGUAGUAACAUAGUUGUUAGUAUUUUGUAAGUUUUUGGGCAAGUUCGAUGUAGUUUUUGAACAAUUUCGAUGUAGUUUUUGAACAAUUUCGAUGUAGUUUAUGUCUAAAGGUUGGUAAAAACUUUU